AAAGACAGCACAGCGCCCCUCACAGGAAUGGAGGUGCACAUUGCCGCUAAACCAAGCAUCGCCAUAUUGAUGUCCCAACAACGUCGAGAGGGCAUAUGACAGUGGGAAUCCUAGUGAUGACUCUACUGAGCCCGGUGCCCCCUGAUUAGACUGGUUGGAUGUCCUCCUUAACAACUACAACAAUCAGCCUCUACCAAACCAACGUAGCAUCAGCUCUGCAGCGACCCCACCUGUCACCUGCAGCAAGGUACCAUUCACACGGUGAUCCAGAGAACAUCCUGUGUAUAAUAUGUCCGGCUCUGUCCCAAGCCGCUCUCGAGUUUACUCUGAUGUAAACACACAGAGGCCUCGGGAAUACUGGGACUACGAGUCCCAUGUGGUGGAAUGGGGGAACCAAGAUGACUACCAGCUGGUGCGCAAACUAGGACGAGGCAAAUACAGUGAGGUGUUUGAAGCCAUAAAUAUCACCAACAAUGAGAAGGUUGUUGUCAAAAUACUCAAGCCUGUCAAAAAGAAGAAAAUCAAGAGAGAAAUCAAGAUUCUGGAGAACUUGCGAGGCGGUCCCAACAUCAUCUCACUUUUAGACAUCGUCAAGGAUCCUGUGUCUCGAACUCCCGCGCUGGUUUUUGAGCAUGUAAACAACACUGAUUUCAAGCAACUGUAUCAAACUUUAUCAGACUUCGACAUACGGUUCUACAUGUUUGAAAUAUUGAAGGCCCUUGACUACUGUCACAGUAUGGGGAUCAUGCACAGAGAUGUCAAGCCACACAAUGUGAUGAUUGAUCAUGAACACAGAAAGCUCCGUCUGAUCGACUGGGGCUUGGCAGAGUUCUACCACCCUAACCAGGAGUACAAUGUGAGAGUGGCCUCGCGCUACUUCAAAGGACCUGAGCUGCUGGUAGACUAUCAGAUGUAUGACUACAGUUUAGACAUGUGGAGUUUGGGCUGUAUGUUGGCCAGCAUGAUCUUCAGGAAGGAGCCUUUCUUCCAUGGACACGACAACUACGACCAGCUCGUACGGAUUGCUAAAGUCCUCGGCACAGAGGACUUGUAUGACUACAUCGACAAGUACAACAUUGAACUAGACCCACGGUUUAAUGACAUUCUGGGCAGACACUCCCGUAAGAGGUGGGAGAGGUUUGUGCACAGUGAGAACCAGCACCUGGUGAGCACAGAGGCACUGGACUUCCUGGACAAGCUGCUGCGUUACGACCACAACGCUCGCCUCACGGCCCGGGAGGCCAUGGAACACCCAUACUUCUACCCCGUUGUUAAAGAUCAGGGAAGGGGCAGCACUCCUGGAGGAAUGGUUACCAGCUCCACUCCAGUCAGCUCUUCCAGUAUGAUGGCAGGUAUCACCUCCACAAAGGCACUGGCUAACAACGCUGGAUCACCUGUCAUUUCUGCCCCCAACACUCUGGCCCCACAAGUCCCAGCGGCCGGGGCACAGCCCUGAAACCUCCACCACCUCCUCCCAGCGGCCGCCGUGGCACAGCCCUGAAACCUCCACCACCACCACCUCCCAGUGGCCACCGGGGCACAGCCCUGAAACCUCCACCACGUCCUCCCAGUGGCCACCGGGGCACAGCCCUGAAACCUCCAUCUCCUCCUCCUAGUGGCCGCUGGGGCACAGCCCUGAAAACUCCUCCCAGCGGUUGCCGGGGCACAGCCCUGAAACCUCCACCUCCUCCUCCCAUCUGCCACCGGGGCACAGCCCUGAAACCACCACCUCCUCAUGGGACCUCCUCACCUAUGUUUGUGUGGGCCCGUGGUUCGGUUCAGCCCACCCCACUCUCUACUAUGUGUUGGCCUGGCCCGUGGGUUUCCUUUUUAUUACGUUGAGAAGAAUGAUGGAGAAAAGAUGUUGAAAUUGCUUUUCCCUGUUCAGUUAUAUUUUGAGAUCUGGACUUGACAUCAUUUUUUAUUGUCGCACCUGUCUGGAUGAUUGAAAGUAGUAAAUAACAUACAUGGGGUGUGUUACUUCACAAAAUGCCAGUGGUCUAGGAAUUCUAAUACAAUGUAGACAUGAUGAAGAAGAAGAGAAUGGAUAAUAACAUUUAUUUUGUAUGUCCCAAAUAUACAGUCUAGCUUGAAACAGUUUGUUUGGGGAUUCCUGCUGUUGCAAUACACUGAACCUGUAGACAACUUCACAAAACGAGACAGGGUUCUCUGAUGUAGCCUCCACUUGACAGUGGUGGAUAGUUGCUCACACACUACUGUUAAGUGCAGGAGUUACCGGUGUUUUGAAGUUGUUAGAAGCUAUGGUACUUGGAUUGGACAUCUGUAGAUACUCUACAGUAACUGUUAGGUUGCAUGCACCAAAUGCUGACUAUCACAGGGUCAAUAGUUUGCCAAUUUGGUGUUACUUUUACUUCUGUAUACAUGUUUGUUUUUUAAUGCGGUCUCUUACACAUGAUUUUGAAUACAUAGGCAAUUUUGUAACUUUUUGUUUUUAAUUUGGGAGGAGUCUUAUCACUUGCAAAAAAAAUCUACUUCAUAAAUAAACAAUUUUAAACAGGCA